UCACCGGGCUGACUCUCCAGUCUCUCUGCAGACACACACACAGUCUGUCUCUGACACAGGGCAGUGCAGCAGCAGCAGCGGCCGCCUCCCCCAGGCAUGGCACAAGGCUCUAGAUCACUAUGGCAGCAGCGCGACAACAUACCCUCGACUUCCAGCUCAGUGGCACAGCUGACGGAAAUUUCAUUAUCAAAGAACUACAGCCCGUGUUCCAAGAGCAUGGAAUGACAGAGACAGUGCAUAGCUGGGCAGACCAUGGUCACCUGGCCACAUACACGACUACAAGUGGGAGCUUUGCUACUUUAAGAAUUUAUCCUCAUGGCUUAGUACUGUUCAAUCUGCAGAGUCGUGAUGAGCCAAAGGAGAAUGAAUCUGUUCAGCAAAUAUUAGGCAAGGUAGAAGAAAAAAUGAAAGAUAUAUUACACAACAGUAUCACUCAAGUGAAGCGGUUGCCAGCCAUUGUUCGUGGGGCACAGGUUGACAGAUACUGGCCCACAGCCGAUGGGCGCCUGGUAGAGUACGAUAUAGAUGAAGUAGUAUACUAUAAGGACUCGCCUUAUCAGAAUAUUAAAAUUCUCCACUCAAAGCAGUUUGGAAACAUCCUCAUACUCAAUGGAGAUGUCAACCUGGCAGAGAGUGACAUAGCAUAUACCCAUGCUAUCAUGGGCAGUGGAAAAGAAGACUACUGUGGGAAAGAAGUGCUAAUUCUUGGAGGAGGUGAUGGAGGGAUACUGUAUGAACUCGUCAAACUAAAACCAAAGAUGGUUACCAUGGUGGAGAUAGACCAAAUGGUGAUCGAUGGAUGUAGAAAACAUAUGCGAAAAACAUGUGGUGAUGUGUUAGACAAUCUUAAAGGUGACUGUUAUGAGAUUUUGGUUGAAGAUUGUGUCCCAGUAUUGAAGAUGUAUGCCAAAGAAGGGCGAACGUUUGACUAUGUGAUUAAUGAUCUCACCGCUGUCCCCAUCUCCACCUCUCCAGAAGAAGAUUCUACUUGGGAAUUUUUACGUUUGAUUUUGGACCUUUGCAUGAAAGUCUUGAAACAGGAUGGAAAAUACUUCACUCAGGGAAAUUGUGUAAAUCUGACUGAGGCUCUAACACUUUAUGAAGAACAGCUGAGAAUGCUUUAUUGCCCUGUGGAAUUCUCCAAGGACAUAGUAUGUGUUCCCUCCUACAUGGAAUUAUGGAUGUUUUACACAGUAUGGAAGAAGAGCCGUUCCUGAACAUGCACAUGAUCAAAUUCUUCCGCACUGCAUGGAGCAUAUUAGGCUUGGCACCUGCUGCAUGUAGACAUUGUGAAAACCUUAAAAUA